AUGCAUUCCAGUAUAGCGAGAGUGGCCUUGGCUGGCCUGAGCGUGUUUGCGAGCAUUGCAUCUGCUGCACCUCUGGAGCAACGACAAGCGAAUCUUAGACCGGUCAUAUCAACAGACUUCCCCGAUCCAUCGAUAAUAAAAGAUGGCGACACAUGGUAUGCUUUCGCAUCCCAAUCUCUAUACGACUUCCGAGACAUCAAGAUCCAAGUCGCAACCUCAAAAGACUUUGCCACAUGGACACUCAUGGAAGGCUACGAUGCCCUCGGCACAAUGGCUCCCUGGUCCCGAUCCGACGUCUGGGCACCUUCCGUCCACCGACGAGACGACGGCAAAUACCUCAUGUACUACUCCGGCGUAACCACAACCGGCGGUGACGGACGCUUCCACUGCGUAGGCACAGCAGUUUCCGACACCAUCCUCGGACCCUACCAGUCCAACACCGAUGAACCCUUCGCCUGCCCCAUCGACCAAGGCGGCGCUUUGGAUGCAUCUUACUUCAAAGACGGAGACCGACACUACGCUCUCUACAAAAUCGACGCCAAUGCCCUCGGAAAUGGCGGUUCGUGCGGAAAUACCGUCGAACCUAUCCUCACCACCCCGAUCGUCAUUCAAGAAGUCCAAGCAGAUGGUACAACCAAAAUCGGAGAACCUACUACCAUCCUCACGAACUCCGUCUACGAUGGUCCACUCGUCGAAGCACCCUACAUGAUCCGCAACGCAGAUGGCGUUUACGUCUUAUUCUUUUCAUCGUGGUGCUACACCACCGACAAGUACAGCGUCUCCACUGCCUACUCGAAUAGUCCUACAGGACCAUUUGAGAAGGCUAAACUUCCGUUGUUUGUUACGGGGACGCAGGGGUUGAUUGGGCCGGGUGGAGGCAGUAUUGCGGAUGAUGGGACGAGUUGGGCGAUGCAUGGUUAUGAGUCGAGGGACAGAGUUGGUGGGAGGAGGAGUAUGUAUGUUACGCAGUUGAGGUUGGAGGGACGGGAGACGAUUUCGACUUGA